AUGUCGUCGUACUCGGACGACGAACAUGAUCCCCAAGUGGAUGAGCUCCGCGAGACCGCCUUGGUCACGCUCGAGGCGUUGAUCAGCUCCUGCAACAAACAGAUGCAACCAUACCUAGCGAAUACCACUCAAUCAGCUCUUCGAUUUCUGAAAUAUGAUCCAAACGUCGCCGAAGUGGAGGACGAUGAGGAGAUGGGAGGCACACAGGACGAUGGGAGUGAGGAUGAUGCCACGGAGGAACCCGACCUAGAAGACGACGAAUUCGAGGACUUCGAAGAAGAAGGCGGCUACAGUGAUAUCGACGACAUGAGCUGGAAGGUACGCCGGUGUGCUGCCAAGCUCCUCCACACAGUCAUCUCCACCUACGGGCUUGGUCGCGCUUCGGACGCCUCUGCCCUGUUCCAGCAGAUUGCCCCGGCUCUGAUCUCCCAAAUCAGCAGGGAAAGAGAAGAGAGUGUGAAACUUGAGGUGGUGUCUACAUUAACGGCUCUUGUUCGGAAAACCGGCGAGGGCUCUAUGAUCGUCACAUCCAAUGACUUCCUAGAGGCUGUGGGUGGCUCAAAGAAUUCUCGCAAACGUAGACGCCAAGAUAGUGACGCGUCAAUGAUUGACUUUGAACCGAGUGCUGGAACCUCGUCAGCAAUGGAUUCUCCUGCUGUCCCAUCGUCCCCCAAGUCUGGUUCUCAGGCUGACCUAGCCCGCUCCGUGCCUUUGAUUGUACAGAACCUUGUCAAAGUUUGGAAGCAGGCUUCGAUUCCUCUCAAACAAGCUGCAAUAAUUCUCCUCAAAAGCCUUUCUUUGGUUCGCUAUGGUGGUCUUGCAGACCAUCUCCAACAAAUUGAAGACCUCAUUGCGGAUGCCAUCAAGGCCUCGUCUCUCUCGGGGAGCACAGCGGCUCAUACUGGAGCUGCUGUCAGUGCAGGUACACUCCAAAUUGAAACCCUAGGUCUCAUUGCAGUGAUCGCCGAGACUCAUCUGUCUGAUGCGCUAUUGCCAUUCCUGAUCGCCCUAGUACCUGGUGUGGUCGGAGCUGUGAACGACCGCAACUACAAAGUUAGCAGUGAGGCAUUAGGUGCCGUGGAGCAAAUUCUGCAGAAGCUCUAUGAAGUUGUCCACUCUCGAAUCACCGACACAAGCGCUGAUCUCGAAGUCCGUCAACGGGCGAUUCAUGUGUUCGGCGUCAUUCUUGCGCGCACAUCAGGAGAACGGGGUGUAGAGUUCCUUUCGUCUGAGAAGAGAACUAAUGGUCUCGCUGUUCUGGUUGACCGGAUGAAGAACGAGACAACUCGUUUGUCCGCUGUUCGUGCAGUUGAUGAUGUUGUGGUUCUCGCCAACCGCAAGCAGGAUAUCUCCAGUGAUUGGGCCAACAAUGUAGCUCUUGAGCUAGGGUCGAACCUGCGCAAAUCCGAUCGUGCCUUGAGAGGUGCGUGUUUGGAAACUCUCCGCAGUCUUUCCAUGAACUCCAACACCAGAUCACACCUCACUCCUGAAACCAUCACAGCACUGGAGAGUGCUGCUUUGCCCCUCCUCGCCGCUGCUGAUUUCCACACCCUUACGCCCACGUUGAUCAUCAUUGCCAAACUUGUUCCUGGCAACGCUAGACUACUGGUCAACAGCGGUUUGAUCUCUGCUAUCUGCUCAAUUGUGACCAAACCACUCGUUGGAACUGUUCUGAAAGCGUUGUUGCUGCUGGUCAAAGUCAUUGGCGACGAAGGUGCGGGUGCUAGUUUGAUGCAGAACCUCCUCCGUGAUGUGGGAAUCACAGGGGACUCAUCAGUUGUGGGAAGAGCCGUCGGCACCCUUCUGGUCCACGGAGGACCGAAUCUCGGAGUCACAAUGGAAGAUUUCUCAACAGAACUCAAGACUGCACGGGAUGAUAGCCGAAAAUGCCUUGCCCUCGCUAUCCUGGGCGAAAUCGGGUUGCGAAUGGGGCCAGAGUGCUCCUUGACCCCGAAUAUAUUCAUUCCCCAUUUCGAAUCUCAGUCAGAUCAUGUACGCUUGGCUGCCGCUACUGCUCUCGGAAAUGCGGCCGCAGGCAGCGUCAAAGCUUAUCUCCCAAUCAUCUUGAAUGGGUUGGAAAAAUCAAAUGCACAAAGCUAUUUGCUUCUCCAUUCGGUGCGAGAAUUACUUCAACAUCCCGAGGUCGUACGUCCUGAUCUUGCUCCAUCCGCUCACAAAUUGUGGCACGCACUCCUUGUCGUCUCCGAAGAGGAAGAUAACCGGGCUGUCGGGGCUGAAUGUGUGGGCCGUUUGGCACUCCUUGACCCAGUUUCUUACAUUCCCCACUUCCAAGAAUACCUAGCCAAUGCCGACCCGGCUGUUCGUGGCGUGGUGAUUUCGGCAUUCCGCUAUACGCUUGCUGAUUCAAGUGACGCUUUUAACGACGUACUUCGACCGUUGAUGGUGCCUCUUUUGACCAAGAUGCUCUGUGAUAGUGAUUUGGGCAACCACCGGCUUGCGUUGACCACCCUUAACUCUGCAAUCCAUAACAAAAUGGAUCUUCUGCUUCCUCACCUUGAUGAGCUGCUGCCGGCUGUUCUUGGUGACACCCAAAUCAAGCCAGAGCUCAUUCGCGAAGUACAGAUGGGCCCCUUCAAACACAAGGUGGAUGAUGGGCUUGACUUGCGAAAGAGUGCUUACGAAACUCUUUACGCCUCGCUCGACACCUCAUUCUCCCGUACCCACAUGGACGAACUAUUUGACCGAAUCCUGGCCGGUAUCGAUGACGAACAAGAUAUCCGUGCAAUCAGCAAUCUCAUGACAUCUAAACUGAUAAAAAUCGCGCCGGAGGACACCGAACGGCGACUGGACUCUUUGUCAGAGCAUUACACCUCAGUUCUUUCAUUCAAGCCAAAAGAGAAUGCCGUCAAACAAGAGCUGGAGAAGGUCCAAGAGGCAUCCCUCGGCAUCCUGAAGGUUACCAGAGAAUUGAGCAAGGCGUUCCCUAGUGCGGAGGCAUCAGGCGAUCUUCACAAGUGGAAGACAUAUAUGGAGUGGGUUCGGCGGACGUUCUCCCCGCAGAUGACUACUUUGGAACUGGAUUCCUGA